AUGGAUUUUGCGUUGAUCCAUUUGGGGGCAGGAAAACACAAUGAGAAGAACAAAGAUCACUAUAGAAAUCUUUGUUUCAGAGCCUUAAAAAGGAAGAAGACAAAAACUAAGGCAGGUAGCCCCAAUCCCUAUAAUUACGUUAAGGAGCGCCAAAGUUUUGAGGAGUUGCUAUCAGUACUGGACAGUAUAGCAAAUGUAUUGGAAUCUUCUCCACUUACAAAUACAGGCAGAGGAGCCUCUGUCAAUUGUGAAGGAAAUAUCUUAUGUGAUGCUAGCAUAAUUCUGCAAGAAUCAAAAAUACUACACUCGUCAUGCUGUGAAAUCACUUCGCCAUUUCCUAUCUCUGUCAUAAUAGAUAACUUUAAAGAGCAAUUGAAUCCACGCCAUGAUCACAUCCUCUCACCAUUAGCAACUGUGUAUCACAAGUCCUCCUGUCGACCUUCAUUAAUUACACCCUCGAACCAAGAUAUCUCUGACACAAUAGGGAUUUCCCUAUUGAACAAUAGUAUCUCUUUAACUGCAUCAUCAUCAGGAGGCAACCUAUUCAAGCCCGUUGGUCGUAUCGGUCCCGCCGGAAUCAUUGGCUCCGCUAUCUAUUCUGAUUUCAACGAUUGCUAUCGAGUAUCCAUAAUGUGCACCGGCUCAGGGGAGGAUAUCAUAUCUAUGGAUCUAGCAAGGUCGGUUUGUAAUUAUCUCCUUGCUAACAUGACAGAAGAUGCAUUUGCAUCCGAAUUAAUGUCGAAUCAUAUCGAAAAGUGUGCCAGCAAGUAUUACCUUAGAUCUGAAUAUGGACUCUAUGUUGGUGUCGUGGGUUGGAUACUGGACGCGCAUUCCCGUGAUUUACGAGUAAUAUAUGCACACUCUACUGAGUCACUAGUGUUUGCAUAUUUUGAUUCGCAUUUAAAGUUCUAUUAUUCUACGAAUAACAAGGUUGGAAAGCUGUUACAUGGGGAGUUCAAAUGCAGCAGUCCGUGA